CGACGACGUACGAUGGUAUACACACACAUACAGCAGUCCAACACUUCGCAACAAACUUCUUCCCGCAAGCAGAAACAAAACCCUCUCUUCUUCAAAUUGAACUUCUCAAUCGCCGGCACAAUUUCGCUGCCAUAAUUACCCGCUGAUUAAUUUUUUGCGGAACCCACAAGCCUUUGACUUGUAUUGAUUCACCUUAUUCACUGUGUGUAUAGAGAUACAUUGCGUUGGAAUUAAAGAAGUUGUGUAUUAUGGAGGAUUAUUAUAACACCGAAGACGAAGAGGAUUACUACUCGACCGAUGGAGAGGCGGAAUCGGUCAAUGGGCUUGAAAAUGACGAUGUGGAUGCUCAUCGGGCCCAAUCGAAAUCAAAUACCUGCAAAGUGUGUUUGUAUUCUGAUUAUCUAUCAUCUGCUGGUAUUGAUCUUCUCAUUUAUGCUUUUUGGUCAUUCUGUCUAUUGCUAUACCAAGGUUAUAACAAAAGAGUCUCUCUUGGCUGCGCAGGUAAUAAACCUUGCAUAGUUUUCAAUAUUCUAUCUGGCAAGAAAGAAGAUUUGCGUAGGGUGAUGGAGUUGCUGUCAGUGAAAGAACACCACGCCAGGACUCUUCUCAUUCACUACCGAUGGGAUGUUGAGAAUUUAAUUUCAGUUUAUGUCGAAAAAGGGAGAUCUUGCAUAUUUGCUGAUGCUGGCAUUAGUAUUGUUAUUGAUCUUGACCCAGAGGAGCCUCCCUCUACUGUGAUGUGCAAUAUAUGUAUGGAUGAUGUGGCUGGGCAAGACGUGACCCUAAUGGAUUGCGGCUGGACAGAGCAUUUCAUUGUCAAAAUUAAUGAGGGCCAGAGCAAGCGAAUCAGGUGCAUGGCCCACAAAUGCAAUGCCAUAUGUGACGAAGCUGUUGUGAGGCGUCUCGUCAGCUCGAGGAACCCUGACUUAGUCGAGAAGUUUGACCGGUUUCUUCUCGAGUCAUACAUCGAGGACAACAAGAUGGUCAAGUGGUGUCCGAGCGUACCACACUGUGGGAACGCAUUACGUGUGGAAAGUGACGAGUUCUGUGAAGUGGAGUGCUCUUGUGGCUUUCAGUUCUGUUUCAGCUGUCUCUUAGAGGCACACUCCCCUUGCUCGUGCUUGAUGUGGCAGCUGUGGACAAAGAAGUGCCAGGACGAAUCUGAGACAGUCAACUGGAUUACUGUGCAUACAAAGCCCUGUCCCAAGUGCUACAAGCCUGUGGAGAAGAACGGUGGCUGUAACUUGGUUAGCUGCGUAUGCGGACAGUCUUGGCUGUGUGGUGGAGCUACAGGCCGGAACCAUACUUGGACCUCUAUUGCUAAUCACAGCUGUGGCCGAUUUAAAGAAGAUACUGUGAAGAAGGCAGAGCGUGCGAAGAGAGACCUCUACAGAUACACACAUUACUACAGCCGGUAUAAAGCCCACGUGGACUCCUUGAAGCAGGAAUCUCGUCUGAGGGAGACAAUGAAGGAGAAAGUAUCAGUUUUAGAAGCUAGGGACUCAAAUUUAAAGGAUUUUACUUGGGUCACAAAUGGGCUUUACAGGUUGUUUCGGUCCAGACGGGCUCUCUCAUACUCGUAUCCGUUUGCGUUCUACAUGUUUGGUGAUGAGAUGUUUAAGGGUGAGAUGAAGAAAAAGCACAGAGAAAUAAAAAAAAACUUAUUCGAGGACCAGCAGCAGCAGCUGGAGGCCAACAUCGAGAGACUAUCCAAAUUUCUCGAGGAGCCUUUCAAUGAGUAUUCGGAUGAACAAGUCAUGCAGACAAGGAUGCAAGUCAUUAAUCUCUCUUUGGUUGUUGAUAACCUCUGCAAGAAAAUGCAUGAGUGCAUCGAGAACGAUUUGCUGGGUGCACUUCAGUACAGUAUCCAUAUCAUAGCUCCAUACCAUUCAGAAGGUGUUGAGAAGGCAGAGGAGCUGAUUGAUGGGUUCGGCAGCAAUAGUGAGAACUUGAAGGAAGCAAAGGACCAAGCAUCCGGAUCCGGGACUUCUGGGAAUGAUAAUCAGCAGAUUUCUCGAAAACGUGCUAGAGACAGUUUAUCUGAUAGUUCUUUUGAUCUCAAUGCACCUGAAAAGUCUCAACAUGUGCAACCUUGAUAUGAGGGUGGUUGCGUUGCAAAUUAUCAAAGCUUGACUAAUGAGCAUGAUUUUUUUCUACUUUUAUUAUUGAUAAUCAGUUCUUAUUCCCAUUUUGCUUCUCGCUCUAGUUAUAUGUAGAUACAAGUUAUGGAAGAAGAUUUUCGGUUGGUGAUGUAGAGUUUUUUGUUUAGUAUCAUCUCAAUUGGAAUAACUAGUUUUACAAUAUAUUAUAAUCUAAUUGGAAUGUAGUUGUAGUUAUAUUUUGGGCUAGUUCCCUGUGCUUAGUAUGAUUGUUUUUACUA